CUGGGGAAGGGUGGAAGCACCGGAAGCUGCAGAAUUAGCCCUUGGUAAGUUGGAAGACUGUGUGGAGACCUUCAGGAGCCGUGUAGCGGCUGGCAUUGUAGGGUCUCUUUUCAUCAAGAUAGUGGAAAAUGUUACACAGGAGAAAGAGAGUUUUAUCGAGGGAUGUAGGCGGGAGAGAGACACACUUCAGCAUCGCUUGGAGGAGCUGGGCGAUAACCUAUGGGAUGCUGUUAAAGAGAGACAGUUACUGAAAAGGCAGCUCACACUCCUAGAAGAUUCCUUAGCAGCAGCGAGGGGGGAGAUGGCAGGAAAAGCCAGGUUGCAGGAGGCCUUGGGGGUGUUCACGAAAGUAGUGUCUUCAGCCCUGGAAAUGGUGGAGGAGGAGCCAUGGGUGGAGCAGCCCAAGGGAGAAGAGGAGGAGGCGGGGCCAUUGACAGAUCUGCUACCCAGGCCACCACCAGAGGUACCAUCUUCUCCUGUUUUAAAGGCUCGCCCGGCUGUACUUAAGAAAAUAAAAACGAAACAACUGCGGGCUCCUCAGGGUGAGGAGCAGCACCCUCCCUAGGUUGUGGAGCAUUCCAUGCUCUGUCCCUAUACCCAGGAUGAGCUGGUGGACAUAGGCGUCCGGUAUAGGCAGAGGACAUCGGAAUCUCUGCCUACAUGGCUUUUGUGUCUCUGGGAUAUGGGGAUGGAAAACAUUGUUGUGUUGGGUACUGAGAUGAGUAGAAUGGCUUCCCUGACGACUCACCCUUCCCUCCGGCAGUGGUUGCAAAAUGCCCAUCACGCCUCAGGGAAUCAGACACGCCUGGAAUGGCUGACAGCUGCCAUCAGGAUAGUUUGGCCUAAUCUUAUGCAGAGCUCCAACGGGCUCAGCAACAGCCUCACCAAGGACUCCAUGAAUAUCAAAGCCCAUAUCCGCAUGUUGCUAGAGGGGCUUAGAGAACUACAAGGUAUGCAAAAUUUCCCAGAGAACCCUCACUAUUGACUUCUCCCUCUCCCCAGAUAUUAAAGAGCCUGAAUGCCAUUGA